AUUACUGAGAAGCACCCAGAACUACAGAGAAUUAACUUUGAUAAACUGCUCAUGGUCAGCAAAAGAACUGCAGAAAAAUGUUAAUCCCCAAGCAACAAUAUAUAUAAGGCCAAUCCAAAAAAAUCUGUCCACUGCCUCUAUAGUUAAUCCUCAUGAGAAGUCUGGUGAAUUAAGUUUAGAAGAAAAGUGUGUAACAUGUGGGAGGAAUUUUUUACUACGGGAACUGAGGAAACACACAGAAACAUGUCAGGAAGCUGACACAGUGAAUGAUGUGCCAACAACAGACAUUUUGAAUAUUAAUGUUCUUCCACAGACCAUGCAGACUAACACAGCAAGCUCUCAGGAAAUGCAUGUUGAAGAAGUGGUUAUUUUUCAAGACCAGGAAUUGUUGUUAGAAAGUACCAUAGAAGGUAACCACAUCAGCAGCCUCACUGUGCCCGAAGUUUCACCACCAUCUGUGCAAAAUGUUGAAACUGUUUCAGAUGUGUCCAGUAGAAUUAUUGAGUUUUGUAAAGUACAAAAUAUUGCAGAUCCGGUUGAAAUUUUGCACAAAGUUCAGAAAGAAAUGGUCACAGGAAGGCCUUUAGAAGUGAAUGAUGUAACACAUAAUUCUGAGGGUGAUACAAACUUUAUUUUAAUUGACAGGACCCAUCUGUUGGAGACUGGUUUUGAUGAAGUCAAAGCCAUCAGUGAUGUCCGAAAAACUUUAGAAGUACAAUUUUAUGAUGAGACAGCUGUAGAUUAUGGCGGUCCCAGGAAGGAGUUUUUCCGCUUAAUAUUACAGGCAAUCAAGGAGAAGUAUUUUGACAGUGGACUUAGGGAAUUACUUUAUGAAGAUUAUGAAGUUGUUGGAAAAACUUCUGCUUUAAGUAUUCUACAAAAUGGCAAAAUUCCAACUUUCCUGGAGCCAGAGGUAAUCCAGAAGAUAUUUUCUGAUUCCACAGAUCAUCCAUGCAUCACAAGUUUGAGACAAGGACUUGAGACUUUGGGAUUGUAUACAAUUGGUAUGCAGCUGCCAAGUUUUCUUUACCUUUUCCAAAAACAUUCUAUACCAUUGACAUUCAGGAUGCUUACAACGUUUUUGAAACCUCAGUUUUCAUUAGAGGGUAGCAACAACAUUGAAGUGGAGAAGAAAGUUUAUGCAGCAUUUGUCCGUUAUUUAAGAGAAGUUGCAAGUGGUCGAAGAGAACAUUUAUCCAUUGCUAAUAUUUUACAAUUUGUAACUGGAGCUGAUGAGGAGCCAGUUCUAGGGUUUCAAAUACCACCUACUAUUCAGUUUCCAGAAGUGAUUAACUCCUUAAUUCUAACAGCGAACACAUGCAUCAACUCCCUCCAACUCCCACGACCAAAGCCAAGCAUAGAUACAAAUCUUCCUGAAGAUAAAGAGCUUUUUGCAUUGUAUGAUUACGCAUUUUUAAAUUCUUAUUAUGGUUUGCGGUAAUUUUUUAGCCAAUUUUUAUUGCAAGUCAUUCAUUAUUACCUUGCAAACACAUCUAGUUUUGGUCUGGUAUAUGUAUGUGACCUGUCCA